GGGACAACAAAUGAAGCAAUUCGUCUGAACAUUUUAAAGUUUCUCACGUACUCUUUUUACAUUGCAAUGGAUGAGUUUCAUCCUUUCAUCGAAGCACUUCUGCCCCACGUCCGAGCCUUCGCCUACACAUGGUUCAACCUGCAGGCCCGAAAACGAAAAUACUUCAAAAAACAUGAAAAGCGUAUGUCGAAAGAAGAAGAGAGAGCUGUGAAGGAUGAGUUGCUAAGCGAAAAACCAGAGGUCAAGCAGAAGUGGGCAUCUCGACUUCUGGCCAAGUUACGGAAAGAUAUCCGCCCCGAGUACCGAGAGGAUUUUGUUCUUACAGUUACAGGGAAAAAACCUCCGUGCUGUGUUCUUUCCAACCCAGACCAGAAAGGCAAGAUGCGAAGAAUUGACUGCCUUCGCCAGGCAGAUAAAGUCUGGAGGUUGGACCUCGUUAUGGUGAUUUUAUUUAAAGGUAUUCCGCUCGAAAGUACUGACGGCGAGCGUCUUGUAAAGUCCCCGCAGUGCUCGAAUCCUGGGCUCUGUGUGCAGCCUCAUCACAUAGGGGUUUCUGUUAAGGAACUCGAUUUGUAUUUGGCAUACUUUGUGCAUGCAGCAGGUCAUUUGGAAAAUAGAGGAAGAUGGAAGAGAAAUCCUGCGCAGUUCUACCGGCUAAAAACAAUGAUCAUGGACGCCUCGGUGUGUUUCCUUCCAGAUUCAAGUCAAUCUGAAAGUCCCAGCCAGCCAAGUGACGCUGACAUUAAGGACCAGCCAGAAAAUGGACAUUUGGGCUUCCAGGACAGUUUUGUCACAUCAGGUGUUUUUAGUGUGACUGAGCUAGUAAGAGUGUCACAGACACCAAUAGCUGCAGGAACUGGCCCAAAUUUUUCUCUCUCAGAUUUGGAAAGUUCUUCAUACUACAGCAUGAGUCCAGGAGCAAUGAGGAGGUCUUUACCCAGCACGUCCUCUACCAGCUCCACAAAGCGCCUCAAGUCCGUGGAGGAUGAAAUGGACAGUCCUGGUGAAGAGCCAUUCUACACUGGCCAAGGGCGCUCCCCGGGAAGUGGCAGUCAGUCGAGCGGGUGGCAUGAAGUGGAGCCAGGAAUGCCGUCCCCAACCACACUGAAGAAGUCGGAGAAGUCUGGUUUCAGCAGCCCCUCCCCUUCGCAGACCUCCUCCCUGGGAACGGCAUUCACACAGCAUCACCGACCUGUCAUUACAGGACCCAGAGCAAGCCCGCAUGCAACACCCUCGACUCUUCAUUUUCCGACGUCGCCCAUCAUCCAGCAGCCGGGACCUUACUUCUCGCACCCAGCCAUCCGCUAUCACCCUCAGGAGACGCUGAAAGAGUUUGUCCAACUUGUCUGCCCUGAUGCUGGUCAGCAGGCUGGACAGGUGGGGUUCCUCAAUCCCAACGGGAGUAGCCAAGGCAAAGUGCACAACCCAUUCCUUCCCACCCCAAUGUUGCCACCGCCGCCGCCACCACCGAUGGCCAGGCCUGUGCCUCUGCCCGUGCCAGACACAAAGCCUCCGACCACAUCAACAGAAGGAGGUGCAGCCUCCCCGACCUCACCCACCUACUCGACACCCAGCACCUCCCCCGCAAACCGAUUCGUCAGUGUUGGACCACGGGAUCCAAGCUUUGUAAAUAUCCCUCAACAGACACAGUCCUGGUACCUGGGAUAAAAGUCGCGGUGUCCCACCAUCCACCAGACAGACCACCUGACCCCUUCUCAACUCUGUAACAUGGACGCACCCUCAACCCAGCGCGGUUACAACUUCACUGUCAGUGGAAGGGGAGAAUCAAAUCAACUUGUACAUGGAAACAGCGAGCAUUAUGGUCAAACAGCAAAGGCCAUAACCUUUUGGGAUUUUUUUUUUAAAUACUUUAGGGACUGUUGUAAUUUUCUCAUAUGGUGCUGGAAAUGGUUGGGCUUUGUAACAUGUGGAGUGUUUCCGUGGUAGCGUGAGCAUUAGGCGAUGUGGCUAGCGGAGGUCUACUCUUGCUCACUGACUUCCCGUUGUAACACACUUUCCUUACGGAGCCUGGCUGUUUCACAGUAUUUCAUGAAUUUACCCACACAGGUGUGAGCCUCCUUGAGCCAUCAGGAGGCACAUGGAGAACUAAAUCUUUUGUAGUAGCUGAGAUCUGCAGUAUAUAACUUACGGGACAGUCAAAGGGCAAUGUUUUUCUGUAACAUAUUGGAAAAAGAAAAUGCAGUUAUGUUCCUUUUUUAUUUUUUCUUUUAGUUUGGUUUUGGUUCAGCAGUCAGCAGUUAAAUCUAUAACAUGGCCCACAAGGACAGUGAAUCCACUCACGUUGCAGAACAAUUCCGAAACGACAAACUACUACUACUACUAUUCAGUUUUUUAAAAGUUGUGAAAUGCUGCACUUACAUUUAAAAAAAAAACAUUUUUUCAACAAUUUCAACAAUGACACACAAAUUCACGUGGAAAUGGGGAAGAUGGUCUGUUUUGACAGAAACUGACAGGAAUCAAUCAAAACAAUCGAAUUUUGAAAUGAGUAAAGUGCAAUUUCAUUGGAUAGCUAAAUAUCUUUGUAAGAUAGAGAUUGUUGAAAAUUCUAUUUUUGUUUUUCAAGUCCUCCCACCCCAGGACUCUAAAUUAUUGGGGUAAAAAAACAGCCUUGCAAGAAAAAGGGGAGCUAUUUUUGCUUUUUAUGUUUUUUAUUGUUAAACUUGUAUCCCUUUAAAAACUGAAGGAAAAUUUAAAAAAAAAAACAAAAAACAAAUCUAAUGGUGCUUUUACCACGAUAUGUUAACUACAUUAAAUGCUAAUUAAUUAUUUUCUGUUAUCAAAGCACAUAACUAAAAUGAAAUCAUGGUAUCUGUUAAUUUUAUAAGCUAGAAGUCACUAUAAUGGAUUAUGCCAAUUCUGAAAAUUUUUACAUGUGUCCAGCAACAUAGGAUUUAUCAGUUAUCAGACACUUCAUUGUACCAGAGAUUGUCCAGAAAUUUUAAAGACCUUUGCGCCCCUGAACUGGGCUAUGGGAAAAUAAUAAUAAUAAUAAUAUAAUAAUAAUAAUAAUAAUGAAACCAAUACUGACACAAAUGCUGGUGCCCAUUCAGAUCAAGGGUACCUGUUAGGGAAAAAAAAAGUUUGCACCCCCAAAUGUCCUGUAUCUUACGUAAAAAAAAAAAAAAAAACAACUCACAAAAAAACAAAAAAAACAAAAAACAAAAAAAAGUGCAAGUGAUUUUUCUACCAGACAGCAAAGCACCCCCUUUGCUUCCCAUGCAACUUCAAGAAGGUUUCCUAUACUAUACAUAUAUAUACGUUCUGGUUGGCAAAGCCCUGCUGAUCAGAGAAAGUCUCUGCAUGUUCUAGUGUUAGUAACUAAUUUUUAUAUAGUUAAUGUAGGAUAAAGUAGAGUGCAUUAAGACACAAUAUUGUAAUCCCUACUCUAGGCGCUUGCCUUUAAACUAUGUUUUUCAGCCCUUCAGAAGGGUUCUACUACUGUCCUAUACAAUCAAGUAACUGAAAUUCUUGGGAAGACACUUUGCUCCUCAUCUUUCCCCCCUGAAACAAUGUUGUUUUGUUUUGUUUUUUUUCCUUAAUUUGCACGAAAACAAAAAUUCCAUAUCAAUGUGCCUUGCCCUGGAUAGCGAUUAUUUGUGGAAUUGUUGCACAUAUGCUCCUCUAUUGAAAGGGGUUUUUCCCUAGUCAAGCAUUUGGAGACACUUUUUGUAAAUGUGACUUUUAUGUCAGCCAUCGUCAGUUUCAACAUCUAGAACUAAAUAGAAAGUUAGUUGUUCCGCAGAUAGGAGUAGUCUUUAUUGUCCUCUGUGGUCAGUGGCAGUGCUGUUCUGAGAUCUGUAGAUGGCUUAGAAUAUCAGUAUUUUGGAUGUUGCUGCAUUUUACAAUUUAUUUGGAGUCUUCCUUUAUUUUCCCCCCAGAUAUAUGAAAAUAUGCAAUACCUGCUUAUAUCGUGUAGAAAAGCUUAGCGAUUAUUAAUUUUUCUUUUAUUUUUUUUAUUUGACCAAAGUCGGUGCUGCACUUGACGCAGUGUGUUUUAGGUGUUUGUCUUUGUACUUUUUUUGUGAUUUUUGAAUGCACGUGCGCAGGAAGGGCUCCUCUUAGAGAAGCAGUCAAACUGUGAAGCACUAAGCUGACCCUGCUUCAAGCAAUUUUGUUUUUACAACUGUUCCUUUCACAAGCAAGCCUUAAAAAAAAAAAGACAACUUCCUUUUUCUUCAGCUCCCACACCCCAUUUUUCUUAGCAGACCGCAGUCAAUCCACAUUCAAUAAAAAGGAUAUAAUGCCCAUUUUUAUAUGCACGUUUUUAAACUUCCAAGUUCUGAAAAUUGUUUACUGGUUAUCUCUAUUUAAGGAAAAAAAAAUAAAAUAAAACAUUUUGGAUUUUCGUA